AAACGAUAACUUCAUCCAUCUUGUUUUUCACCACCCGUCAGAAUUCGAGCAGCAGCAGCAGUUUUCCCGUCGUCACUCCGUCGUUUUUUCGCAGUUUCACGCCCUAAAACCUACACCAACCCGUGCCGGAAGUGCCCAUUCUCGCGUCCCGCCGUGAAAACCCACCGAUUCCGUCGUACGUCGUCGCCACCGCCGCCGCCGAGGUCGAUUUCCGUUUUUCGCAGUCGCGCCAGAGGUCAUCGCUAUCAUCAACAUAGGGCUAUCGGAGACCGCAGUAAUGGACAUCAUAGCAUCGAACCUACAGCAGCAACGGGCCAUCACGGAACAGCUGCGACGGGAGGCCGCGAUCCAGCGCGUCCCGGUCACGCAAGCCGUGGCCGACAUCGUCAAGUACGUGACCGAGCAUGAGGGCGAGGACUGCCUGCUGGUCGGAUUCAGCUCCCAGAAGGUCAACCCGUUCCGGGAGAAGAGCUCAUGCCAGAUUCUGUAAGGUGGCGGCGGGAAGUUGUCCGGAAGAGUACCGAUAGCGAAUCUCAUUUUGAAUUUGUCGUGCAGAAGGGGCGAAAAGAGGUAAAUUACCGUGGGAAAUUCCGGAACAUUCGUCGUUGCGUUUUUUGCGUUUCUAGUAAAGAGAGGGAGGGAGAUCGAGAGAUGACGUCACCCUUUGUCGUCACUGUUUUAUCGCUGUACCGUGUGCAUUUUACCGGAUGAAUCGUUGUUCGAACGAGGGCAAGCUCAGAAAUGUAAAACACACUAAUCUUUACUAGGUAAUUAAUAGAGAUCGCUUUGUGUCGUGCUGUAGAAGAAUCAUCUAAUGAACCGGAAACAAGAAAAACAGGAAUCUAGGGCUUUUAGGCAAUAAUAUGAAACAAUUAGAAACUUUUUGAUUUGUUUUCCCUUGCAAGGAUUUGAAGCAGGUUCUACGCCUGACGUCCUUGGCAGGUUAAAUUCCUUCCCUCCUCAUACAAACAAGCACAAUCCAUAGUCGCAAUCAUCAGAAAUAAUCACAAUAAAAUGCAUCAGCAAUACAUGAUGAGAAGCUUUCACCUCCUCCAAACAUUGCCACAAAUCACCAUCAGAGAUGCCAACUUUUUGAAAGAAAGCAACCAAAUCUAACAAAUAAAUACAAACUGACACUAAACGGAAUCAAACAUAUACGGAUAUAUGUGACCUAUUGCUAUAUAAAACAAAGUAAAAAGCAUAUACUAUUUAUUAAAUGUUACUAACUGGCAUCUUCAAGCGUGUGCGUUGCAGGCGGUCCCCCUCACAAGCGCUCCCGAAGUGAACGACGGCGAUGGCGAAUUUGUGCCGCCACCGGGAGGGGCCCCGCACGCACACGCUGGAGCAAUAAAACGUAAACUAUUUAUGUAUUGUGUACACCAAAAACGGAAAACAAAA